ACGCCCCCACCCUUCCCCGCGGACGCCCGGGCGCAGCCCGCGGUGCACCCAAUGGAGGACGCGCUGCUGGAGCUCAGGACCAAGGACGGCGGCGACGUGCCUGCGCCCCUGGAGGUGUCGGCCGUGCCGGCCGUGGGGGACGUGCUCUCCGGGGAGUACAACGGCGGCAUGAAGGAGCUGAUGGAGCACCUCAAGGCCCAGCUGCAGGCCCUGUUCGAGGACGUGCGGGCCAUGCGCGGGGCGCUGGACGAGCAGGCCUCGCACAUCCAGGUGCUCUCGGACGACGUGUGCGCCAACCAGCGGGCCAUCGUCUCCAUGUGCCAGAUCAUGACCACGGCGCCCCGCCAGGGCGCCUUGGGCGUGGUCGGCGCCAAGGGGAGCUUCCCCGGGCCCCCCCCGGACCCGGAGGCGCCUUCACCUGGAGCCGAGGACGGCGGCGUGCUGGGUCUCGAUCCCGAGGACGAGCGGGACGGCGACGACGGGGAGAAAGAGGUGCCCAGCCCCGCCACACCCACCAGCCACCGCCAGCGCGCCACGAGCCCCAGUGCUGGUCUCCUGGGGGGAGACGGGCCACUUGUGGAGCCCCUCGACCUGCCUGACAUUACCCUGCUGCAGCUGGAGGGCGCGGCCUCCCCAUGAGGGCACUGCGGGCACGCUCACUUCCCGGGCUGGUUUGGGCUUCGGAGUGCAUGGCCAAGGGGCUCAAGCUUCGCUCCCCCAGCUGCCCCGCGUGUAGGGCAGAGUCCGGAGGGCGAAGGACUUGGAGAGUCGGGAAUUGUUUUGCCCAACAAGCGCGAUAACAAACUGGACAGAGGUGAGGCUCCGGGAAAGGAAGUGCCCAUCUCCGGACUCCACCAUCCCCUUCCCUACCCUUCCCCUCUCCCCAGGCAACAGGAGAACCCCUGAAUUAUGUAAAUAAAAUCUGCUUUUUCUAUUCUGAAAAAGGACUUAUCUAGGAUUAUGGCAAAUAAUCUCUAAUGAUUUGCCGAAAAAUUAAGGAAUGGGGGGUAUUCUGUUCUGGCAACAGGAAAUUUACCCUUCUGCUGAAAUCCAAGCUAUCCAGCGCUCUGCAGAAGCCUCUCCCCCUCAUAGAUCUCUGCGGCUGCUGAUUGGUAAAGGAAACUUAAGGAACUGCAGCCGCAGGAAUCUGGGUGAAAGGGGUUCGGGGGUCCCAGGGUUGGGAGGAGCUGGCUGUGAAUGUGCAUGAAGACAAAGUAGCUCAACCUCUAGGAUUCUGCAUGCGGAGCGGAUCCUGCCGUGUCACCGACUUCAUCUGGGAUUGCUUUUCCACUCAGUGGGGCCGAGAGAACAAAGAGCCCAUCCCACAGGCAGAGACUCGGGUGCUCAGCAGAGGCCCAGGUUUAGGGGACGUUUGAGGGACUCUUAGGGGCGUCAGCCAAAAACUGUCUCUCCUGACUACACCUGCUUAACUUCAGUUCCUUUUUUCUGUCAAUCCGUCCCUGCCCGCUGCCUCUCGGUGUCGCCUCCAUAAUGUCUAGUGUGUGUUUUGUGCGUCUAAUUGUGCAGUAGUAUGUGAGCCCUGAGGGGCAGGGCUCAAGGCUCUGGUGGUAGGUUCCCGGGAUUCGGACUCUGCUGAGGACCCCGGGCUAUAAUGGCGCUCACCUCUCUCCCCUGCCUUUCCCUCCUUCCCACCAGGGCAUGAGCAUGUGGCUGUCCUGAGAUCCCUUAAUAAUGUGCUUCCCUCCUGCCUUCUCAAGUGGUGACUUUGUGUGCCCUUUCCCCUCUUUUGUGUAUUCCUGCUCAGUGCUUUUCUUAGU